CAACCCUAAUGACUGACCCAGAGGUAAAAAUCUCAUUUUCAAUCCCUAAAUUUCCGCCGUGUUCGACUUCACAUUCCCAAUUAAAAAAAAAACAAGUUUUUUUUGUUUCUUCUCUGUUUCUUUUAGGUUUCAUUUCUCUUUAUAUAAAGGAUUGUUGUCUCUGAUUUCGUUUAUUGAUCUGGAUUGGUAUUUCGGAUAUGGGUUUUGAUUAUUCCGUUCUGGGAUUGCGAUGAAUUGUUUUGUGUUUUUAAUGGUUAGCAGAAAUUAACCGCCUUGAAGAAGGCUUACGCUGAGACAAUACUGAACACAGCCAAGGAAGCGGCGGCGCGUGUUAUGAUUACUGAGAGGAAAGCGCGUGGGUAUCAGCAAGAGCUUGCGUCUGUUAGAGAUGAGGCUCUUCGUGCAUGUCUUAGGCUUAAACAGAUAUAUGAUUCCAAGGUCAAGGAGGCAGAAAUGAUAUCUUUGCAGAAGCAGCAAAAGAUUGAGGAACUUGAAGCUCAACUUGGAGAAGCUGAAGAUAUAGUAGGAGAGUUAAGGACGGAGUUACGAGAAUCGCGGUAUCUCCUGGAGAAAUUGGCAAAUGGUUGUCAAACAAAUCUUAGCAAAGAGGAGAAAGCCCCCAAUGAAGCAGUUUCUUUAGAAGUGCGUGAGGACUCUAGCAACCACGAGAGAUCAGUUGUGGCUAGUGUUAUUAAACCACAUAUGAGUGACAGAGAUCUUAGUAUUAACCGGUGUUCUUAUAAAGAGAAUAAAGAUCCUUGUCUUUAUACUCUUCCUUCCAUACUAAGUAGAUGCAGAGAAGCUGAGGUGGUAGAAAGGAACACUAUCAAUGGAGAUUGUGCUGAUGUGGAAUCACUUACAGAAGCAAGGAAGGAAGAAGCGAAAGAGAAUGAUAUUGAGCUUUCUACUACACCUUUGUCGCCUUCUGAGAAACAGUGUAUCAAAUUCUCGUAUAAGAGGAAGCAUAAUAAGGAUGGAAGUAACAGCCCUGAAGGAGGAGGUUCCUCCUCACAAGAUGAUGAUGACGACGAUGAAAGCAGAAGCAGGAGACAUAAGACUGGUGAGAAAGACAACGCGUAUUUGGAUUCUUUCACCAGCACUGAACCAUCUCGUGAUAGUCGACGUGUAGCUCAGGUCGCUCGUCAGCUUUUACCAUUCUCAGAGAAGAAAGGGUUGCAGCAGAGCCAAUGUGAUGAUGUUCCUUGACUCACAAGUCACAAGUAAUCUUCGAAGGUCCUGUCAUCAAAUUCCAUUUGAUCUUCUGGGAAAAAUGGUUGAUUAGAGAAAUUAGCUGUAGUUGUAAGAUUGUUGGCAUAUAUAACCCCAUUUCUCAGCUUAUUAAACUAAUGGAAGAAGCUAAUUUUGGUCGUUGAGUUAGAAUAUUUCUCACACUACUUGGUUACAUUUUUAAUCGUCCGACUUUUCUAUACCUUGACUAAUCCCAAAGCACAAGACGAUCAUGUUUAUUUUACUCAGAGCCUAUAAAACAGAGCAUUUUCUGAUUAUCCACCUAU